AUGGAUCACGUUAAAAGGCAAAAACAUGGAGCAUUUUUCAUAGAUGGUCCUGGUGGAACAGGAAAGACCUUUUUAUAUAAUGCUUUAUAUGCUGAAAUAAGGCUCAUGAAUAAGAUUGUUUUGCCAACUGCAACAUCUGGCAUAGCUGCAGCCAAUAUUCCCUCGGGAAGGACUGCUCAUUCUCGGUUUAAAAUAUCGCUCGAUCCUCUUGAAUCACUUGCUUGUAAUGUGCCUAAACAAGGCAGUCUAGCUGCACUACUAAGAGAAACAACCCUCAUCAUUUGGGAUGAAGCUUCAAUGGCCAAAAAAGAAAAUGUCGAAUCACUUGAUGUGUUGCUAAGGGAUAUUUGUAACCCUGAACUCUUAUUUGGAGGGAAAAUUGUUGUCUUUGGAGGAGAUUUCAGGCAAGUUCUUCCGGUUGUCCCAAAAAGAACACAACGCGAAGCAGUUGCUGCUAGCCUGGUCAGUUCUGUUUUGUGGCCUCUGUUAAUUAAAUUUAGAUUAACAGAGAAUAUUCGGGCUAGACAAGAUCCAACCUAUGCAGCCUUUUUGCUAGCAUUAGGAAAUGGACAGUUGCAGAACAGUGAAAAUGCUCUUGUUCAGCUUCCACCAGCAAUUGUACAGCCUUAUGAUGCUGCCGUAGGUCAGGAUAUGCAACUGAAAUCAGUUGCUUUUCCAGAAAUGGAUAUGCCUCCAUUUGAUGCUAAUAUAUUCACCACUAGAGCUAUACUCACACCAAUCAAUGAUGAUGUAGAUAUUAUUAAUGAAAUCCUAAUAGCAAAAUUUCCGGGUGAAGUUGUAGCCUACAAGAGUUAUGAUUCCAUGAUUGACGAUAAUUGCUCCAUAUAUCCUACAGAAUUUUUAAAUAAACUCUGUCCUGGCGGCAUGAGUCCUCAUGAACUGUUAUUGAAAGUCAACAGUCCAGUUAUAUUAUUGCGUAACAUCUUACCAUCAUCAGGUCUUUGCAAUGGGACAAGGCUGAUAUGCAAAAAGUUCUUCCCAAAUCUCAUUGAAUGUGUAAUUGCUGUUGGCCAUCAUAAAGGAGAGCAUGUAUUGAUACAAAGAAUUAAUCUAAGACCAUCAGAGUCUUCAGCUUAUCCUUUUCAGUUUCAGCGUAAACAGUUUCCUUUAAAGCUGAGUUUUGCAAUGACCAUCAAUAAAGCUCAAGGGAAAACGCUUAAUAAAGUUGUUGUCUAUCUUCCACGAUCAUGUUUUUCACAUGUUCAAUUGUAUGUUGCCCUGUCUAGGGCUCGAGAAGCAGCAAAUGUAAGUGUUAUAACUGAUGUGGAUGCUGAUCGGUUAGAUCUGAAUGUGGUAUCCUAUGAUAUUCUUUGUAUGGCUGGCAUCAUCUAG